GUGCAAAGUACCUGUGAGUGAAAGGCCGUGCAAACCGCGUACCACCGUUUUCCAUAUAUUUGCCCGUUAUCUGCUUGAAAUAUCCUCCGUUAGUGUGCAAAGAUGUACGGAAAUCGCCCGCAAACUGGCAAUAGUGGAUUCCACCGUGGCGGCGGUAUGGCCGGAGGUCGUCCAGGAGGUGGCCAGAUGGGAGGCGGUUUUCGCCGUGACGGAGGCGCCGGAGGUUACGGUGGCGGCAACGGACCAUCGUUUGACCGGCAAUCGCAAAAUGGCAAAAAUCUUCGCACCCUAAAAUGGGAGCCGGAAGAUUUGACGCCCUUUGAGAAGAAUUUUUACCAGCCGUCGGCCGGCCUAGUGGGCAUGUCUGAGGGGGAAAUUGCGGGCUACUUGAACAAGCAUCAGAUCACCCUGAAGGGCCGCGAAGUGCCGCGACCGAGCAUGGACUUUGAGGAUGGUGGUUUGCCGAGCUACAUCAUGGAGGAGUUGAAGCGACAGGGCUUCAGCAAACCGACGGCCAUUCAGGCACAGGGAAUGCCGAUUGCACUUAGCGGCCGCGAUAUGGUCGGAAUUGCACAGACCGGGUCGGGCAAAACGCUUGCCUACGUCGUGCCGUCCCUGGUGCACAUUCAGCACCAGACCAGCAUUCGUCGUGGCGAUGGACCGAUCGCACUAAUCCUGGCACCAACCCGCGAACUGGCGCAACAGAUCCAGCAGGUGGCGACCGAUUUCGGAUCGCGCGUCAGUGCAAACAAUACGUGCGUUUUUGGCGGAGCCCCAAAAGGGCCGCAAAUACGCGAUCUCGAGCGAGGCGCUGAGAUCGUCAUUGCAACCCCUGGCCGGUUGAUCGAUUUUCUCGAACGAGGAAUCACAAACUUGCGGCGCUGCACCUACUUGGUGUUGGACGAAGCCGAUCGUAUGCUGGACAUGGGCUUCGAGCCACAGAUCCGCAAGAUCAUGGGACAAAUCCGGCCCGAUCGGCAGGUACUGAUGUGGUCCGCAACGUGGCCGAAGGAGGUGCGAAAUUUGGCCGAAGAAUUUUUGGCCGAUUACAUUCAGAUCAACAUCGGUUCGUUGAACCUGUCAGCAAACCACAACAUCCUGCAGAUAGUGGAUGUGUGCGAGGACUACGAGAAAGAUCAGAAGCUGAUGAAGCUUUUGACGGAGAUUUCCGCAGAACCGGACACGAAGACGAUCAUUUUCGUCGAGACGAAGCGUCGUGUGGAUGACAUUACGCGCAUCGUUAACCGCAAUGGAUGGCGUGCCGUGGCCAUCCAUGGCGACAAGUCGCAACAGGAGCGUGACUACGUGCUCAGUGCUUUCCGUAAUGGACGCCAGGGCAUCCUGGUGGCCACGGAUGUGGCGGCUCGUGGCUUGGAUGUGGAAGACGUAAAGUUCGUAAUCAAUUACGACUAUCCGUCCAAUUCGGAAGAUUACGUGCACCGGAUUGGUAGAACGGGACGCUCGAACAACACCGGCACCGCCUACACCCUGUUCACCAACUCAAAUGCCAACAAAGCCAACGAUCUGAUCAACGUGCUGCGCGAAGCGAAUCAGGUCAUUAAUCCACGGUUAGUUGAGCUUGCCAAACCAAACAUGGGCAAGGGUCGUCAACGGUACAGUAACCAUCGUUUCGGCGGACAACAGAACCGUCCCCCGCGGGAUGGCAUGUUCGGUGGUAGCGGUGGUGCUGGUGGUCGGUUCGGCGGACAGCGCGAUGGUGGUGCCCCGAAGUUCGGUGGUGGCAGUGACAAAUACGGUGCACCGCGCGAUGGGCGGGCUAUGCAGGCCGCCUCCGCGGCCAUGUACGGUGUCGGAAUGGCCAGUCUCUCGCAAUCGCUCGGUCUCGGUAGCGCUGCCGGUCUGAAGCAGGCUGUCGGUGGCCUAGGUGCAGCGUCCGCCGGGCAACGGCAGAGUCGAUUCUCCGCUCCCUCGUCUGCAUCGUCCGCUGCUGCCGCAGCCGCUGCCGCCACCGUUUUCGCGUCGAGCUACCAACAGGGUAAAUACGCGCUCAGCGCCGCCGGUGCAGGUGCGGCCGGACUAGCCGGAGCGCAUCCGUCGGUGGCGACCGCAACCAAUGGUGUUGCGGCGUACGGUGCAGCACCUCCCUCGUACAAGUCUUCUGUCGGCGAGGCAGCAGCCGCAGCGGCGCACCUGUAUGGCGGUGGUUACACGACACGAGCACAACCAGCCAGCAUGCCGUCGAGUGCUGCGGCAGCGGCGGCGGCCGCAGCCGCCGUUUACCAGUACGCUGCUAACGGAGCCACCCCGGCCUUUGCCUACCCACCACCGCAGGUAGUGCUGAACUAAGUGUCCGACCGACCGAAAGACGGCGCUCAAUAUGUUUUCUGUGAGAGAAUUAUUUAAAUUGUCACCCUCUUUUCAAACCCAUACCGUAGUGCUUAAGUUACAUCCCGCUUUUCUCGCCUUUGAAUGCGUUUUUCAUCGUAAACGGCAGCCCACAAUCGGUUGUUAAUCAGUGAUAGGGUUUGUUGGUUCAUUUUCUCCUCGUGGUCGUGGUGGAUGGCCACGGUAUAAUUUAUUUCCUCUCACAACAGCGCAAGUGCGGAAAUUGGACAGGAAUCUUAUGUUAGGUCGAACGGUUUGCCAAACAUUUAAUCCGCGACUAUCGAUUACACGAUGUUAGAAUAAUUUCCAACAAUUCCACAUAAUAAUUCUUCCUUUUUAUGAAGCUUAGUCUUUUAAAUUUUAUACACAACGGAGGCGCGCUCCACUAAAACUGUAACCAGAACAUUUUGAAACCAGUUAUCUUUACAUCCCGAUGUUUUGCUCAAGACUUGAGACUAACGUACCGUUGAUUUUAAAACACUGAACUCACAAGUUUUGCCGCGCGCGCUCUCCCAAACAUCUUCAAUACAUUUCCGUCGAUUAAUCAGUGAAGAAAGUAAGCAGAACACAUAGAAAGGAGGCACCUUACACGAAGAGUGACACGUUGGCGUUUAAGUAGAUUGGCGUGUUUAGUAGAGAAAGAACGCGCGAAAGAUGCGCGGUGCAUCGACAAAUUUUAAAAUGUACAUAUUCAACCUGAAAAAGGACUGUGUAACGCUAUGAUGUUUAUUAUUACUAGAAUCUGCUACCAAUCUGUUUUCUAAAUGCAGUGUAAUAGGGUGUAGUUGUAGUUUAGCCUUUAAUCACCUACGGUACGGUUUGAAACGUAUAGAUUCUAAGUGUUUAGUACCAAACAAAACUGUGGUAGACCUCCCGAAAAGAGGAAAGCAUCUUCAUAAUUUCUCCACUUUGUGUAGAUCAGCUCUGAGAUGCAGAUUGAAACAGGAACAAAACAUAAUUCAAAACCAUAAGAAGAAGGUACACACACAUUUGGCUGUUGUUCUCUCUUGUACCAACCGCUGGGACACGAAUUUGACCCAUCAAAUGUGGAACUGGUGUUGAAUUCUCUUUACCAUUUUUGUUUUUUAUUAUGGAAUAAUAACUGUGAAACUUUAUCAAACACAACUGAUUAGAUGGGAUGGAUAAUAGCAUAAUUAAGAGAGCAAACUAUGGUCGAAUUCUCUCCAAACUGCUAACACGGACACUGAACCAACAGAAUUAAUCUCGAUCCCCAUCAUGUGUAUUUGCGAUGUGUUUGUAACGUGGACCAUUCGCGCGAGUGCACCGGUGCUCGUACCAAACGUACCGGGAGCGUUGCGCCAAUGGACCGGUUCUUUGGAUUUAUUUUGGAAAAAUACACAAUAAAGAGAACUUCAG